AGGCAAAAGAUGAUGAAUUUUACUGGUUCGCCUGAAAACUUUCAAGUUGCACCUGCUUAGCGUUUCAUCUUCUUCAGGUCUUCUGAGCACCACUUUUAGGAAGAAGGGUUCUGACAUGAGGGGAUCAACACUUCCUGAGCUGACCACUCAGACUCUGAUAAUUCCUCUCUGACACACCUGGAUGACCAUAUUUCUAUUUAAUAUAUUUAAACUUCCAAAUCACCACAAAGGAAAAUUAUUCAAACUAUUCCAAAUCAUCCAGACUCCACCUGCAAGCUGAGUAGGUAGCAUAUACAAACACACAUCUCCAGGGAUGAUGAUGUGCUCUCGUUUGCGGCCCUCACUCCCUCACCUCUUGUCGCUGAGGUUGAUGGGUACUGCAGCCCCCAGGAUGGUGGCUGCCAGGCACCCCAACCUUUGCUCAGAGACUCUGGCCUUUGAGGAUCCCAGUGCCUUCAGGGUAAAGAGUUUGGGUGAGCUGCUCCGUGCUCUGGGGAUCUUCCACCUCUGCUCCUUCCCUGUGCUGGUGAACAACUGUGGGAAGCUGAUGGCCAUAGCACGGACUCUCCUCGGGAGGAGGGGGUUUUCCUUGCUGCUGAGGCCUACCGUGUACGCUCAGUUUGUGGCUGGAGAGAAUGAGAGAGAGAUCUCUCAGUCCAUGGAGAAGAUGAGCUUGCUGGGGCUGAGGCCCAUGCUGGCAGUGCCUAUCGAGGAGGAUCUUGGAGAAAGCACCGGAGAGAAGAGAUAUGAUGACAACAUGGAGGCCAUGCUGGAAUGUGUGCGAAUGUCCCACAGCAACGCCUGGAGCAAAGACCCAAUGAUGCAGCUGAAGAUCACAGCCCUGCUCAGCCCGGAGCUGUGUGUGAAACUCACAACCCUCAUCGCACAACAACCAUAUGACCUGAAUCUCCUUGUGAGAGCUAUGGAUGGAGAGCCAAUCAGCUUCCCUGGUUUAGAUGAACGUGAAGUUGCCCACUUCCUCUGUGGUCUGCAGAGACUCAACAAAAUAGCAGAGGCUAGUGUAAGCAAAGUCCGAGUCCUCGUUGAUGCCGAGUACACUUACAUGAACCCCGCCCUCACUCUUGUCACCAUGGCGAUGAUGAAGAAGUUCAAUAAGGAUGGCGCCUGGAUUUGGAAUACAUAUCAGUGUUACCUGAAGGAGUCCAGGUCCCUCCUGUUAGAGGCUCUGCAUCUGUCCAAGACCGAGGGUUUCUGUCUGGGAGUCAAGCUGGUACGAGGAGCCUACAUGGACAAAGAGAGGAAGCUGGCUGAGAAAGAGGGUCAUGUGGACCCCAUCCACCAGUGUUGGGAGGACACCAAUGACAGUUAUAAUGGCUCGCUGGAUGUGAUGCUCGAAGUCAUAUCCCAGAAACCCGAGCGCUACAGGAUCAUAGUCGCCACUCACAACGAGGAGUCAGUGAGACGAGCUGCAAAAAGGAUGGAAGUGUUGGGGAUAGACAAAGAUGGCGGAUCAGUGUGUUUUGGCCAGCUGCUGGGCAUGUGUGAUCACGUCUCCCUCACACUCGCUAAGGAGGGUUAUUCCGUAUACAAGUCAGUGCCUUAUGGCUCAGUGGAGGACACACUCCCCUGGAGUUCCCUGGAGCACGACCUGAGUUUCUUAUGGGUGUUACGAUACUUACAAAAUCUUUAA